UAUGAAUGGUAUGAUCCCUCAUCUACCAGAGUUGAUACCAUAUUUGAUUUCCUGCUUAUCAGAUAAGAAAGCUCUUGUCAGGUCUAUAACGUGUUGGACUCUUAGUCGUUACUCACAUUGGGUUGUAGGUCAGCCACAUGAUUCCUAUCUGAAACCAUUAAUGACUGAGUUGCUGAAAAGAGUUUUAGAUGCAAACAAAAGAGUUCAGGAAGCAGCAUGUAGUGCAUUCGCGACUUUGGAGGAAGAAGCAUGUACAGAACUAGUGCCCUAUUUAGCAUAUAUUCUUGAAACUCUUGUGUUUGCUUUUAGUAAAUACCAACAUAAGAAUCUUCUUAUACUAUAUGAUGCUAUAGGAACAUUAGCAGAUUCUGUUGGUCAUCAUUUGAACAAACAGGAAUACAUUGGAUUACUUAUGCCUCCAUUAAUAGAAAAAUGGAAUUACUUAAAGGAUGAUGAUAAAGAUCUUUUCCCGUUAUUAGAGUGUUUAUCCAGUGUAGCAACAGCUUUACAGUCUGGUUUUCUUCCAUAUUGUGAACCUGUUUUCAGAAGAUGUCUCAGUCUUGUUGAACAAACUUUAAAUCAAACAAUGGCGAAUGUUACGAAUCCUGAUCAAUUUGAAGCUCCUGAUAAAGAUUUUAUGAUAGUUGCAUUAGACUUAUUAAGUGGAUUGGCAGAAGGAUUAAAUGGCCAUAUAGAAGCAUUAGUCAUGUCGAGUAAUAUUAUGCAACUAUUAUACCAAUGUAUGCAGGAUCCAAUGCCAGAAGUUCGGCAGAGUUCAUUUGCUCUACUUGGUGAUCUAACGAAAGCUUGUUUUCAGCAUGUCAGUCCAUGUAUACAGGAUUUUUUACCUAUACUGAGCCAGAAUCUGAAUCCUGAUUUUAUAUCAGUAUGUAAUAAUGCUACUUGGGCUAUAGGAGAAAUAUCUGUGAAGUUGGGCCAAGAUAUGAAGCCCUAUGUACUUAUGGUUUUAACACAAUUGAUAAGUAUCAUUAAUCGUCCUAAUACGCCAAAAACUUUACUUGAAAAUACAGCCAUAACAAUUGGGCGCCUCGGUUAUGUAUGCCCUGUGGAUGUCGCCCCUAUGUUACAGCAGUUUAUUCGCCCCUGGUGUACGUCGCUACGAAAUAUUCGUGAUAAUGAAGAAAAAGAUUCAGCUUUCCGUGGUAUCUGCAGCAUGAUCAGUGUGAAUCCUGGCGGUGUAGUGCAAGAUUUUAUUUUCUUCUGUGAUGCUGUAGCAUCGUGGGUAAAUCCAAAACCUGACCUUAAGCAUAUGUUUCAUGAGAUCUUACACGGAUUCAAAAACCAAGUAGGCGAUGAAAAUUGGACCAGAUUCUGUGAACAGUUCCCUCCUCCUCUGAAAGAACGUUUGAGUGCUAGUUACGGUGUAUGAUGCUAGUUACGGUGUAUGAGAAAUUGUAUUGCUUUUUUUCUUUCAAGCUAAUUGUCAUAUUAAUGCAAGAUUGGAGUUUUUAUUCAAAGACUAUCAUUGCUAUCAGACUCCUUCCUAUGAGAAAUCUUGUCAACAUGAGACCCGUAUCUCUUUUUGAUAUCAGUGGUAAUGAAAAUGGAUAUAGUUCAGACUGCAAAGUUAAUUUUGGGUUUGCUGUUGAACUUUGUUUUUCAAGAACUGCAGAAGCCUCUGUCCAUGGAACCCUCAUAACAAUAUGUAUUUAGUGUAGAAAAAUUUUAUAGGAAAAUUGUUUCAAGAUUGAAUCUUUUAAAUAGUUAGGUGCUAAAAGUAUUAAGCAUAAAGAACUGUACUUUCAAAUACUUUGUGUUAUUGGCUUACAUUCUCAUAUGAUGUGUGCACACAUUGAAAAAAAAAAAAAGUUUUUUAUCUUGAAUUCUAUAAAUAUCAAAUUAACAUGUUAAUUAAUAUUUGUCCCUCUGAAAUAUUUUAAUCAUUUGCUACCAGUGUGGUUUAUGAUUUGAGAUUAAUUUAUGUAGUUAUUUGCCACAGGUGUUUUACUACAUUUCUAUUUUUAAAUAUAAAUUGCAGUAUAGUAAAAUAUUUAUAACUAAAUUAUUUUUAUCUGUAAUUAAGUUGUUUAUUGCAGGUAAUAAACUAAAAAAGUAAAGUUUUUUAUUUUAAGCCUAUGGCUCUAAAAUACAAACUGCAAAUUUUAAAAAUUGUCGCCAGUUUCUCUGCUUUAAUUUAAUUCUUAGCAGAAUUGUGAAGUAAGGAAUUGUAGUUGUAUUUACCAUCUAAUUGGUUUUGUCAAUUAUCAUAUAACCUGAAUUGUGAAGCACCGCAUUUAUGUAAAACACAAAGUGUAUUACAAAGUAAACAUUAGCUUGCUCUGUUUCGAUGUAAUUAUUCAAAUUAAGAAAAAGCCCAACACUAAACUACAUUUGCUUUGAUAUUGUUUUGUGUGUGGUCCUGUAUAUUUGUGAGAAAUGUGAAGUGCCUUAUUGUUACCCCUUAACUUCCCACACAGACUUGCAAAAAUGGGUUGGUGGGAGGGUCGUGGGUUGGGAGGAUUCUCUAGAAACUAUUUUUAAAUGAAAGUUAAAACAAUCCAAUGGCAUCCGAGCAUCGCCAUCAUCAUUAAACUUUUUAGGAGUACAAAAGUGAUAUUAGUCUUUCAUUGGUCAUUUACAGUCAUCAUCAGAGGAAAAAAUCGUAUAGUAAAUCGCGAGGCAGCUUAAAAGAGAAAUAAAAAGCUAACUAACCUGUACUUAUAAUGUAAAGUAAUUAAACACGGGUUGUAGAUGUAUAGUGUUCCUGCCUUUCAACAUUAACUUGUAUUAUAGUGUGUUUUCUAUUGCAUCUACAUAUUAUGAAAGGAUUUGAACUAUAAUAGAAAGAUGAGCAUGCUGCUGAGAUAAUGUACUUUAAAUGAGAUUAGAUUUUUGAAGUAUUUAUUUAAAGUUGUGGAAUUUUUUAAUUGAUGCGUUAAAUGUUGAGUGUAAACUUUUGUUACAUUGUUCAUGAUGAUGAUGUGUUUCAUUUAAAAUCUUAAAAUCAGUGUAUAUAAACAUCCUAAGAUUAAACAUUUUUUACUGUUUUAAAAAAAGUUUGUAAUUUCAUCCUGUUCUCAGCAGCUGUUGAUUUUUUCUAGUUGUUAACUUUUGAAAUAAGGAAUAAUUAAAAAAUGAAUAGGGAACUAAUGUGUCUUUUAAUAUAAGGAGUAAAAAUAAUUUUGUGAUACUACUCUGCGUUUCUGUACUUUUAAUGUAUUUAGAUUUAUACAUAUGAUAGGCCGCGUGGGAGGGAUGGAAUGAAGGGUGGGUAUUAAUUCAUACACUUUUGACCUAGACGACCCUUGUAUGUUGUGUGUGUGCGUAUGUGUUCUGCCUAUAGCAGAUGUGUGACUGCUGUAUGUAAUUGUGUAUUUGUACAAAUUGCUCAUUAAAAGACAAUAUUUCUUUUUGCAUAUGUUUUAUCAUUACAUUCAUUAGUUUGUUUUGAAUUAUAUUAUUUUGGUGGCUUUAUAUGUUGUUCUGGCUGUAGUUGAAUCAUUCCUAUAAGCAUCCCAGUUUUUAUCUAGAUUGCAAAUAUUUGGGAUGACUUAUAUUAACAAGUUUCUUGGAUGCUUUUUUAAGAACAUUUUUUUGAAAAUAGUGUUAGCCAUGCAUGAGCAGAAAACUGAUUGUUCUAGUGUUAUAUAAUUUGAGAUCUAAGCUUAAAGUGUUUCUGCAAGUUCAUUGCUUUUUUUUAUUUUUAUUUUUAUUUUUUUUUUUUAAACUUGAAUAUGUUAAUAAACUUUGUAUGAUAUUAUUCUUUUUGGAAAUUCAGUUGUGUGUUUCUAUAAUAGCUUGUACACUUUAUUUCCAUUUUUCAUUCAUGUGUAGCUUUAGAUCAUUGAACAUUUCCAUUGAUUUUAUCAUAAAUAAGAUUUAUUUUCUCAAAUAUUUGAUUAAAAUAUAUAAAUAUUAUUUUUUUGUACAGUAUAUUUGAAAUGAUCUGAUUAUUUCGCUUGGUCAUUAAAAAUAAAAUAUUUUGCUUCUAUAAACAUAUCUUUUUUAAAGUACAGUAUGUGUUUCUAUUCUGUAUUAGAGGGUAUACUAGAAUUAGUUUCAGAGUUUUUAGUAUUAAUUCCAAGUCCUAGUGUAGUAACAUGAUAAUAUGUAAAAUCCUUUAAUUUCCCUUAAUGUAUUUGACCAACCUUCCAGUAUAUUAUCUUAAAUUCUUUGUUUUCUUGCUGAAUAACAAAACUAGUUUCCUUCCCUCCAUUUGUUUGAAGACUAUUUCAUGUUUGAUUACAAGUAAUACUUUUGUAUUAUGAGCAUAUAGUAUAAGUGAUAUUUCUUAAUAGUAGCAUCCAAUGAAUAAUAACACAAAAUAUUCAGAUUGUGUUAAUUUGUUUAAUAACUGUUUUAAAUUUUAAUGCUAUAAUAUGUACCAACAACAAUAUGUAUUUGUUUUGAUGUAAGAAUGAUUAUCUAUUGCAAAAUCACUUACAAAAAUGGCACAACAAGCCUUAUGUUUUGUCAUCAUACAGCUGUAGAAAAACGCAUAUUAAAAUGUAUCUUGUAAAUUUUAGUUGACCUUCAGAUUAAUAAUACUUAAAUGAUAUUAUUGUGGAAUAUAUAUGAAUUUAUAAUAUUACCUCAGAAUAUAUAAAUAUUUACUCAGAUCAUUUUUUAUUUCUCUCUAUAUUUAAGAUAUGUAUAAUAUUUCCUGUUUGAUUUUUGUUAAGUGUAUAAUUUUUCUUGUAUACAGAUUAAAAUGUGUAAUGAACUUGCAAAAAUAUGCUUUUGAAUCUUUCAUUUUAAUUUUCUAAGUAAAUAUUUUGACAAAUUUUAGUUCUGAUUUUAAUAUUAAGUGCAGUAAUAGUUAUUGCAUGUUAAAGCCUUUAAAUGAUGAAAAUGUUUAAGAUUUUUGCGUGAUACUGAAGCUAAUAUUUAUGUUGUGUAUCUGGUUAGAAUUUAUAAAUACUGCUUUAUAAUGAGUGUAAAAGUAUUUAUAGUGAUGUGUGUAAAGAUAUACAGAUGAAUCAUGUCGUUAAUAUGUUCUGUAACAUUGGAGGUGUAAAAUAAAUAUGCUAGUUGCUAUUUCAGUUGUAAAACAUCUUCUCCCUCUAUUGGCACACUCUGCUUGAAAGAGUACUUAUGUAAAGGGAGUUAUAAGUUCCUUAGUAAUUUUGUUAAAUUAUUUUCCUGAAUCAUUCGUUUUCCGUAACUGUGCUGUUUUUCAUGUUAGGUGCAAUUAUUUGCAUUAAGUCAUUAAACUGAGUUACUGAAAGUGAACAUGUAAAUGACUUGAUUGUAAAGAAUUUUUUUUUUAUAUAUAGAGGAUUAUCAUUCAUUAUUUUUUCAUUUUUUUAAGACUGUGAUUUUUCUUAACUUGUUGUUAAUAACAUCUGUUUUAAUUUUUUUUUAAUUUAAUAGCAUCUAAUUUGUUGACAUUUUUUUUUUUUUUUUUUGUUUCAGUCUUUUAAAUAAAAUGAUUGUUUAUGACUAUAGUGAUUUUUUUUUUUUUAUGUGGUGCCAAAGUAAUGCUUAAUCGCUUUUCAGUGUGGCAUUUUCGAAGAAGAGUUUUGUAAAAAUAUCUGAUGUUUUGACAUUGAAUAUGUCUAGUUUAUGUAAAGGUAGAAUAAAAUAUUUAAAAAAUUUUUGUGGGUAAUGUUAUGAUUAGAUGGUAAAAAAAGUUUAGUGCAUUAUUUAGUUCCUAGUCAAAUUUUACUUUUAAAGUAUUACUGCCACUUGAAUCUUCCUUUGUGUUAAUAUUAUAUUGCACUUUCAUGAUAUCAAAUUACAUUUAAUCAAUAAACAUUUUCUUGUGAGUUUAAAUGACUUAGGCUUCCCUGUUCUCAUAUGCUGUGCAUUGAGCUAAAGAUUUAUACAGAUAUCUGGAUAUAACUAUGUAAUUCACAUGCAUAAGAUAAUAAAAGUUAGCCUUGUUAACAUUUUAUGUUUAGUAUUGCUCAAUUAACAUAUUGUAGGGUUUUAGUGAACCCUGUUUUGUGAUUUUAUCUUAAACUGGGAUAUUUUUCUUUUAAUAUUUAUUUUAUCCCAUGUCUAAAUAGUCUUCAGCCGAUUUUCUUGUUCCUCAUUCCAUAAAAAGUUCUGUUUUAUUUUAGUGUAUGUAUUAUGUGUCACCUACCGUUAAAGCUUGUAAAUGUGCCAUUCCUAAACUUUUGCUUUGUUUGGUGUGUGUUUUUUAAAUUCAAAUUUCUAAUAAUUGAAGCUUUUUUUUGAAGUGUUGGGGCCAUAAUCAUUAACUUGAAAGCUGAUUAUUUUUCUCUCUCCAUAAUACUUCAUUUGUGAACAGUGGUGAUGAAAUACUUGCUUGUUCUUUUAUGCUAAAUAAAAAUUGGUGUUUGAGGCUUGC